AUGACAGAAGUUACCAACCGCAAUGAAGUACGAAGCGGAAUUGCAGCAGGCGGUUGGACUAUUGUUUGGGGAGAUCUCAUUAAUGAAUUCGAUGUACUUACCUUCGCUAUAUCUAUUCCCACUGGUACUAUUGGUGCUUGGGUUUCCGAGCAGGUCGAAGCUCAAUUGCAGAAGUUUUCCCAAAGCUUGGAUGAUGUCUCUGAUGAUGUUGUCAAGCAAGCGACCGACUAUCUGAAAGACCUAAUGAAGGGAAAGAACUCUGGGGAACGGGAUAUAAAUGGUUUGGGGGUUAAAGGAGGCUUUGCCACGUAUAACCGCAAGAUGAUUUUGAAAGUUUUCGGCAAACAGGUUGGCAGCACCCCACUACCCAAUAACCAUCAACCAUACAUUGGUUUACGCGUUACCAAACCUCUGCCACCAAAGGGAACCAAUGCAACAACGGCACCAGUUGCCCCCACAGUGCCAUUAUUUGAUACCAAAUCAUGGUACAAAAUCAAGAAUACAGCGAAGCCAGGCCUGGCGCUCGAUGUUGUCAACGAUGGGAAUCAGCAACACGACGGUAGAUUGCAAACGUCCACAGAGGGAAAUUUAAGUGGUCAGUAUUGGCAGCUUCGGCCAUCGAAAACUAGUCACGGAGCCUACAAUCUCUGUACUAUGUGGCUCGGAACCAACAUGUUGUUGGACGUAUAUGGCGACGACAAAACACGGCCACAUUUGGCUAAGGCCGGUGCCUACUCUGGACAACAAUGGCAUAUUGAAAGCCAAGGAAAUGGAACCUGGAAGUUAACGAACUCGUACUCUGGGACAUUGGUCUUGGCAGCAGAUGCAGAUGGGAGUGAAUUACAUCUAAGAGAUCCCCGGACUUCGCCUGCUUCGCAGUGGACCUUGCAGAUUGUAAGGCCAAUCACAGAGAACGGAUUUGGGCUUUAG